AUGGCAGCUGUGAUCAUGUCGCAGCACACAGCCGCACCCAGCGCGAGCGCAGGAUACCCGGCGUAUCUGGGCUCUUCAUCGUCGUCGUCGUCGUCUUCUUCCGAAUCAUCGUGCUGCUACGCUUCGUCCUCCUCGUCGCCAUCCUCGACACCUCCGCCUCUGGCGUCUGCACCGGCAGCAGCGCUGCAAGCAGCGACGAUGGCGUACACGCAUCCGCCCGAGGAAUCGUUGCCGUUCGUUGUGCUCGUUGUGGACGACAACGCGAUCAAUCGCAAGGUGCUUACCAUCCCGCUGCGCAAGCAAGGGAUCCAGGUGGUCGAGGCCGAGAAUGGGCUCGAGGCGGUUCAGAUGUACGCGCAGGUGCGACCGGCGCUCGUACUGAUGGACAUCUCGAUGCCUGUCAUGGACGGAUUCGAAGCGACACGGCAGAUCCGCAUGCACGAGCAAGCGCAAUCGGCAACCAUGCCCGACAUUGACGGCGAAGGAGCAGGAGUGGACGAAGUGGUCAACAUGCUCCUCACGCAUCAGCGCGCGCGCAUCGUAGCGGCGACAACGCACUCGGCGGAUCGCGACUUUGCCGAAGGCAAGGAUGCAGGCAUGGACGACUGGCUCCUCAAACCCAUCCGCCCCAGCACGCUUGUCAAAGACAUCCUCGAGUUUAGGCGAAACCACCUGCAGGACUUUGCUGCUACUCUGGCCGCACUUGCGACCGCACCUGUCAGCAUGGCCGCCGGCGAAACGGCGAUGGAAAUGGUGCUGGACCAGGCAUCAACACCAACAGCCACAGCAGCCGCUUUGGCAGCAUAG